GAGGGCAAAAUGAUAAAUUCAGAUGGCGGCGAUUUCAGAAACUGGAGCGCAGCUCUUUGCUCGACUCGGUGAGAAACCCUCUCUUGCUAGACUGAACCCCAAACUAAUCCCACCAGGUUUAGAGCCUAGGCCUGGAGAUGUGGUAGAGAUCUACGGCAACAGUGGCUCUGGUAAAACUGAGCUUCUCCUGAACCUGGCUGCAAUGUGUAUUCUUCCAGAGCGGUGGAAGACCAUUGAUAUUGGCGGAUUAGGAACCAGUGUUGUGUUCAUAGACACUGAUCAUCAGUUCUCAAUGCUCAGAUUGUUUGCUCUUCUGGAGAGGAAAGUUGCUGAAGCUAUUGAUAAUAGGACAAAGCGUAAAGGUAGGAUUGGAGAUCAUGAUGGAGGUACAUCAAGCACAACACAUUUUAAUUCCGAGUGUGCCAAUCAAAAGGACAGUGACAGCAAUAAGGAAACAUGCUUGCAACAAAAUGUGAACUUAAAUUUGCACAGUGCUUCUUGCAGGACUACUGAAACUGCUGAUCGAUCGAUUGAUGAAGCCAAGUUUUCUCCCCCAUCUGAAGAGGAAGUAGAAACUUUUUUAAAGGCAUGCUUGAAGAAACUCUACAUGGUCAAGAUUGCUACAAGCAACCAGCUGGUUAUAACCCUCCACUCCUUAGAAUCCUUACUGGCCAGCCAGUGUGACAUCUCUGUGCUCAUGAUGGACUCUGUAUCAGCGUUCUACUGGGUAGAUAGGAUGAAAGGAGAUGGUGCACAUCGCCAAGGUGUCAAUCAGAAGCUGGCAUUUGGGGCCCUCUCCAGACUAGUUGAAGACUACCACCUAGUCCUGUUCGCUUCCAAGGCAGCUCUUGUAACUAAGCAACCACAGAAUGAAUUCAGUUUAAGACUUGACUCUACCGGGGAAACGGAUCAUUCCAAUCGAACUUCAACCACGAGUGUGAAGUUAAGCACAGACCAUCAUGAGUUUAUGAGCCAGGAAUGGACAAAGCUUGUCACUCAUAGGAUGAUAUUAGAACGACAUGAUCACAUGACCUCUGAUGGACCAAACAGCUCCUAUCUAUCAGUGCUCAAGCACAAGGCCUCAGGAAAUAUGUAUUCAUGUCAAUUCAUUAUAGAUCAACAGGGCAUUAGGGUAUAGUUUAUGUCCUGUCUAUAACGGGGCAGUUCACUCUGGCAUCGGGGCUUAAAUAAAAGCAGAAAUGUAAUAAACAGAUCAG